AUGAAGAGGCAGAACGUGCGGACCUUAUCCCUGAUCAUCUGCACGUUCACUUACCUGUUGGUGGGGGCGGCCGUCUUUGACGCCCUGGAGUCCGACCACGAGAUCCGCGAAGAGGAACAGCUGAAGGCCGAGGAGACCCGGCUCAGGGGGAAGUACAACAUCAGUAGCGACGACUACCAGCAGCUGGAGGAGAUUAUCAUGCAGUGGGAACCCCACCGGGCUGGCGUCCAGUGGAAGUUCGCCGGCUCUUUCUACUUCGCCAUCACAGUCAUCACCACCAUAGGUUACGGGCACGCUGCCCCAGGAACAAAUGCUGGGAAGGCGUUCUGCAUGUGCUACGCUGCCCUGGGCAUCCCUUUGACCCUGGUCAUGUUCCAGAGCCUUGGUGAACGCAUGAACACCUUUGUCAAGUACCUCUUGCAACGGAUGAAGAAGUGCUGCAGGAUGAGGAGCACAGACGUCUCCAUGGAGAACAUGGUGGCCGUCGGCUUCUUCUCGUGCAUAGGGACCCUCUGCAUAGGAGCAGCAGCUUUUUCCCAUUGUGAGGAGUGGACCUUUUUCCAGGCUUUCUACUAUUGUUUUAUAACAUUGACUACAAUAGGGUUUGGGGACUAUGUGGCCCUUCAGACGAAAGGAGCCCUUCAGAAGAAGCCGCUCUAUGUGGCCUUUAGCUUUAUGUACAUCCUCGUGGGAUUAACAGUCAUUGGGGCAUUUCUCAAUCUGGUUGUUCUCAGGUUGUUCAUGAACAUUGAGGAAGAGAGACGGGAGGCCGAGGAACGGGCGUCCCAAGCAGGGAACCGCAACAGCAUGAUCAUUCACAUUCAAGAGGAUUCCCAGCACGGACCGCCACGGUACAAGGCUGAGGUUACAGACCUCCAGUCUGAUUGUUCCUGUAUGUGCUACAGGUCCCAUGAAUACACCAGCCGGGUUGUGUCCCACCAAAAUUCCUUCAGCUCCAAACUGAACCUUCAGUACUUUCACUCUAUCUCCUACAAGAUAGAGGAGAUCUCGCCAAGCACAUUAAAAAACAGCCUUUUCCCGUCCCCUGUAAGCUCUGUCUCCCCUGGCCUGAACAGCUUCACAGAUAGUCACAGGCUGAUGAGACGGCGGAAGUCCAUUUGAAGUCAUUUGUCUUUGGGGUUUUUGAUCUUUUAUUCCUAAUUUCUUUUUUUUUUUUUAAAUGAAUUUUCUCGUGCAAGCCAGAGCGAGGCUAAAUAAAGCAAAGGAAAAGACAUCCCUCCUCUGAGACUCAGCUCUGGAGCAUGAAGCACGGAUGAAACCUUUUCCAGCAA